AUGCCAGACGCUUUAACGGCCAUAACCAAUCUGCGGAUGCAGGUUACAGAUGAGCAACCGGAGCUUGUUGAACAAAUCUAUGAGCUAGAAGAUUUGCACGAGCGCAAGCUUUGGCAUCAGCUCACGCAAAAGGUUGUCGAACUGUUCGCUGACGAGCGGUCGAGACUGUAUCGACACCAGCUGUUUACGCAAUUUCUCGCCACCGUUGAGGAUAAGAUCAAUCCUUUGGCAUACGUAUCACUAGGAAUCAGUGCUUCCGAGCUAUGUGCGACGCCACAGGAAUCGAUUGUGUUUUUGCAGAAGAUUUGCGAUAAGGUCGAGGACGAAAACGUGCGCAAGUUUGCCGAGUUGCGAAUCGCCAGCUACUGCUUGCAGACAGGCGAGGUGCCCCGGGCGCGCAAAAUCAUUGACAGCGCCUCGAAGCUUGUUGACGAGCUGCAAACUACAGAUUCUACAAUUAUGGCAAUGUACUACGGUGUCAGCUGCGAAUACUACAAGCACAAGCGGGAGUAUACUGCCUACUACCGGAACGCCCUGUUAUACCUUGCGUGUAUUGAUAUUAAUACGUUGUCUCGUGAGCAGCAGCAGCAGAAGGCUUAUGAUCUCGCUGUGGCGGCUCUUUUGGGUGACAAGAUCUACAACUUUGGCGAGCUUAUUCUGCACCCGAUUGCUCAGACCCUCGAUGGCGAGUACAAGUGGUUGCACGACCUGGUGUUUGCUGUGAAUUCCGGAGAUAUUGUUGCCUUCCAAAACAUCAAGCCCAGCCUUGAGAAAGCGCCAAUUGUGCAGUCGUCUAUUGCCUUCCUUGACCAAAAGAUUUGUCUUAUGGCGUUGUGUGAGUGCGUGUUCAAGCGCCCCACCACUGAUCGCGUGCUUCCAUUUGAUGCUAUUGCCACAGAAACCAAGCUCCAAACUGGCUCCAAGGUCGAGAUCCUUGUCCUCAAGGCGCUGUCUCUGGGACUCAUCGAAGGUACCAUCGACCAGGUCGACAAAACAGUAACCGUCACUUGGCUCCAGCCCAGGGUUCUCAGUAAUGACCAGAUUGCGGUUAUGCGGUCAAAGCUUGGUGAUUGGGAUAGAGAAGUCAAUACGCUGGUCGAUUGGAUGCAAACUGAGGGAAAGCAGGUUUGGGCACAGACACGUGCGUAA